CCCCCAGCAUUCCCUGCCCCCCACCAGACACGGUGGAGCUGGCGUGGUCGGUGCUGUCGGACAUGGAGGUGAUCGAGCUGAGCAAGCGCACGUCGGGCCAGUCGUUCGAGGUGAUCCUGAAGCCGCCGUCGUUCGACGGCGUGCCCGAGUUCAACGCGUCGCUGCCGCGCCGCAGGGACCCCUCGCUCGAGGAGAUCCAGAAGAAGCUCGAGGCGGCCGAGGAGCGCAGGAAGUACCAGGAGGCGGAGCUGCGGAAGCACCUGGCGGAGAAGCGGGAGCACGAGCGGGAGGUGAUCCAGAAGGCCAUCGAGGAGAACAACAACUUCAUCAAGAUGGCCAAGGAGAGGCUGGCCCAGAAGAUGGAGUCCAACAAGGAGAACCGCGAGGCACACCUGGCUGCCAUGCUGGAGCGCCUCCAGGAGAAGGACAAACACGCGGAGGAGGUGAGGAAGAACAAGGAGCUCAAGGAGGAGGCCUCGAGGUAAAGCGGAUCGGACUCUCAGAGCUCCGGGAGGUGUUUUUUUGGUGUCCUUUCCCCUCCCCGGAGCUGAAGGAAGAGGCCUCGAGGUAAAUCGGAAAAUCGGAUCGGACUCUCAGAGCUCCGGGAGGUGAAUUUUUUGGUGUCCUUUCCCCUCCCCGGAGCUGAAGGAAGAGGCCUCGAGGUAAAUCGGAAAAUCAGAUCGGACUUUCAGAGCUCCGGGAGGUGAAUUUUUUUGGUGUCCUUCCCCCUCCCCGGAGCUGCUCCGCUCGGAUUUUCAGCCCUCCGGGAGGUGUUUUUUUUUUGGGUGCCCUUUCCCCUCCCCCGGAGCCGAAGGAAGAAGCCUCGAGGUAAAUCGGAUUGGACUCUCCGCGCUCCGGGAGGUGUUUUUUUUAUGUCCUUUCCCCUCCCGGACUCUCCAGCGCUCCGGGAGGUGAAUUUUUUGGUGUCCUUUCCCCUCCCGGACUCUCCAGCGCUCCGGGAGGUGUUUUUUUGGUGUCCUUUCCCCUCCCCGGACUCUCCAGCUCUCCGGGAGGUGUUUUUUUGGUGUCCUUUCCCCUCCCCCGGAGCUGAAGGAAGAAGCCUCGAGGUAAAUCGGAUCGGACUCUCCGAGCUCCGGGAGGUGAUUUUUUGGGUGUCCCUUCCCCUCCCGGACUCUCCAGCGCUCCGGGAGGUGUUUUUGGUGUCCUUUCCCCUCCCCCGGAACUGAAGGAAGAAGCCUCGAGGUAAAUCGGAAAAUCGGAUCGGACUCUCCGAGCUCCGGGAGGUGAAUUUUUUGUGUGUCCUUUCCCCUCCCCGGAGGCUCCCGCGGCAUCGGAAGGGUCGGGUCGGGUCGGGACGUUCUUCUUCUGCUUUCUGUGUUCGUGGAGGGGACGGAGGGGACGGGGCGAGGCCACCCGUGACAUUCCGGGGAGGGGGGAGGGAGGAUGGAUGGAUGGAUGGACGGACGGAUGGAAGGAGAGGGGAGGGUAGAGGCGGGAAUGGGGGGCCGGAUUUGGGGUCUCCACCUCCCGUGGGAGGGUCUCCCGUGAGUGGGAGGGUCUCCCGGUCACGCGUGGCCGGAGGAGGAGGAGGAAGAGGAGGGAAAAACCCCGGGGAGGGGAGGGGAGGGCUGGGAAUGUGCGUCUGUGUGUGUGGCCGUCGUUGGGAGCGUGCCGGGCAGGUGAGGAAUCCCCUCUGGAAUCUUCUCCUCCAUCCCUCUCCCCGUUCCCGCCUGGAGUCGGGAUCUCCCACCCCAAUUUUUUAUUUACCCUCCGAGCAUCACUUUGGGAAAGGGUGGGGGAGGAUCCGGAUCCCACCCCCACUGGAAUGGUUGUGGCUCCAAAGGUGUUUUUUAUUCCCUUGGAAUCACCCCCGAUCCUUUCCAAGGAAAGCCCUCGUGACUUCCCAAAAAAAGGUGGUGGGGUUUGGGGUUUUUUCAUUUUGUAAGAAACCCCCCUUCCCCCAAAAAAACCCAACUCAUCCUUGUGGGGAUUCUUGGAUGAAAUCCCAUUUUCCUGCUGUGGAGCAGCCGCCGUGGGUGGGUUUCUCCAUGGGAAUGUCGUGGAGCGGGAGGAGGAAAAGAGGGAUGUGGGGAAUGGAAUGGAGGGGGGGAAACAAGAGGGAAGGAGGAGGAGGAAAAGAGGGAUGCGGGGAAUGGAAUGGAAGGGGGGGGAACAAGAGGGAAGGAGGAGGAGGAGGAGGAGCCAGAGGGGGGGUUGGUGGAAGUGCCCCCCCGGAGGAGACAAUUCCAGGGGGGAAUCCCCUUGGAAAACCCGCUGGGCUCCUCGGAGCGCUGGCGGAGCUGCUUUUUUUCCGGGAUUCCCGGGAGCAGAGGGCGUGGUGGGGUUUUUUUUCCUGCCGGGAGGGGCGGGAAUGCCGCGUCCUCUCCCGCUUUUCCAGUCCCACCAUUCCUGCCCCCCUCCCCCCGGGCUUUGUCGCCCGCAAUUCCCGAGCUCCGGGGAGGAUCCCGAGGGAAUCCCGAGCGUCCCUUCGGCUGUGCCCGCGCGGAUCCCGCGGGAUUCCCGAGAAAAGGGGCCGUUCCAGCCGGGGCACGAGUUUGUCCCUUUUUUGUACACGACGUUGUAAAUAAAAACUGCCUUGGCCUUUC